AUGUCCAGAUCAUUUUUAGUUGAUACCCUUAUAAGUGACAGUAAAGACUGUAAGAAACCGGAGAUGCGUAGUGAUAUCAACCCUUAUACUUUGUUGGGCCAACACUUGGAGAGGCCCAAGUUCUUGCCGUACCCUUAUCCUGGGAACUUGAACCUAUUGACACUUGGGCUGCAGCAACAACGGUCGCCAGAUCUGUUCAGGCCAUUCUUAGAGCACCUGAACUUUCGAUACCCGGUGUUACACCAACUGCCAAGACAGGAGUUCUACGAACCUUCGCAGGAACCAAGACCUUUCGAAGGAUACUUGAAAACUGAAGAACAAGAGCCAAUCAAUUUUGUGAAUAGAAGAAAGAAAUCAGUUUCACCUUAUUUGCACCAUCCUUACAAAUCCACAGCAACGUCUCCAGCGAAAAGUCAAGGUCAGAGAUCGCCAUCUUUAUCUGGUGAAAGCAGAAAUGGGACGCCGAGUCCUCCGCUGACUCCUUUAGGCCAUCCUGAAGAGUUACUACCAGGAUACUCGAAAGACCUUAAACGUCUUCCAUUGAAAGAAGACUCGAGCAAGCGCAUCAGAACGGCGUUCACAGGAACUCAGCUUUUAGAACUAGAAAGGGAGUUUUCAAUGAACAUGUAUCUGUCAAGACUACGACGGAUCGAAAUUGCAUCUCGUUUGAAGUUGUCAGAGAAGCAAGUGAAGAUCUGGUUCCAGAACCGAAGAGUUAAGCUGAAGAAGGAAGAGGCUCCUAUGACCUCCGAUGGACGUACAAAGAAGUGUUGCUGUACUAAGUCGUGCUCAAAAAAUCAAGAAUCCUCAUGCGAAAACGAUCAGGAACAAAUUGACGUGGUUAGUGAUAACGACACUAAUUUCGAAACGCAAAAUCCUUAUUCUUGA